AUGCAAAUCGCGGCACUUUCUGUACCACAACAAUCAGCAGUGCAAAAUUCGAUGGUGGGACAUUAUCCUAAGCCUGUUGACAUUGCUCAGCCGUCAGUAACAGAUGACGAUCUAGCACAAGUAGACGAUCCUAAUCUAUCUGUUUCUCUUGAUCGGCUUCAUGGAGAUACUGCUCAGCAGCCUCCCUCACCGCACCCUCUUCCAAGUGUUGAUUCCGUAUCGGCGAUUACAGGCGCACUGAUCUCUGUGGCGUCCAGAUGA